AUGCUUGGCUGGUCGGGCUUGCGGCGUUGUGUUACAUAUCGCAGUGGCAAUCGGUUCAUAGCCGAAACGCUGUACAAAGGCGUCUACUCGCAGCAUUUCAAUAGACUUGUCACGCGAACUGCAAUACUUUCCCCAAGCGUGUCAUCCAGUUCUCCACUGGAAAUCGCCUGCCGCUACCGACACUUCAACGGACAUCUUCCCAGGCUCGCCGGGGCCAGAAUCAAUGGCGACCCGACACCGACAAAGUGCCGGGACAGCAUUCAACCGGGUGGUAGAGAAAGGGGGAAGAACGCUCGCUCGGCCCGCCCGAUUUUCGGGAUGUGGAGACGGGAUUUACAACCCCGCGCUCCUCCGGAAUACAACAAUAUAAGAUAUCAAGAGUCAGGGCCUUGCACGUCAACUCAGACCUGCAACUUCAAGCUCAUUUCCUCCCAUAGAGGUUCUUACAUGCCCCCCCUUCCUAGGUUUCUGAGCCUCUUCAAGAGAAUAGCACUUCUUCAGCCAACGACAAAACCUGUCGCCCCCAGACGCAAAAUGCGCAUCCCCUACGUCCCCAACCCGCCACCGACCUCUACCCCCGAGGAGGCCGCUAUCGUCUCCCGGAUCCAGGCCCGUCGCAACCCGCGGCCAUUGCAACCUCUAGACCUGGCCUUGCUCCACGCCCCGCCCGUUGCUGAUGGCUGGAACUCGUUCCUUGGGGCUAUUCGCACGCAGACCACCAUCCCUGCCGACCUGCGCGAGCUCGCCAUCUCGCGCGUCGCCGUCGUCAACCGGGCCUGGUAUGAGUGGGGUCACCACGCGCCGCUGGCCGUCGCCGCCGGUGUCCCGGCAGAUGCCAUGGACGCGGUCAAGGCCGAGUCGCCGCUGGAACUCGACGCCCGACCCGCCCUGUAUUUGAACGAGAAGCAGUGGGCCGUGCUGGUGUACACGGACGAAAUGACGAGGAACGUCAGGGUCAAGGAUGAGACCUUUGAAAAGCUCAAGGCCUUGUUUAGCGAGCGGGAGGUUGUAGAAAUUACAACGACGGUUGCAUGCUACAACUGCGUGAGCCGGUUCUUGGUGGCCCUUGAUGUUGGCGAGAGGAACAGCACCGGUCCCGACGAUGUCUCUCUUAUUGGGCAUUGAGCUCCUUCAGAGGUGGGUCUCAGCGUCGAGGACUUAUGCGAGUGUAGAUUGUGCCAUAUAGGCCAAAAGGGGUUUAAUGAUGCCGUGAAAAGGGGUAUCUCAUCUACCUACGUGAAGCGAUGUGUAGGUUCUCCCAAAGAAACGGCGAGCCCAAUUAAAAAGAAAACCAUAUCCGCCCAAGAGCCCAACCCGCUCCGCUGUGUCCCCGUGCGCCUAUCGUCAAACCCCCAUCCGCGGUUUUGUUCAUAAUUCGUGUCUGCGAUCGAAGGUGUAGAAAUGCCAAAUGCGAGCAAGUGAUGUCGAUGUCGUCAAACAAUAUGCCAUACUGGCCCCGGUAUUGAGCGUGGCUAAGACCGUGUGCCAUCCGCCCUGGAGGCAUUUGCAAUGGUUCAUACAUCGUGCAUACCAUGUUAUCUGUAGUCAUAAGCCGAUUGUAUCGUUGUUUCGUCAUUGUUCGUGGGCCCGUGGGCCCGUGGUCGCCGCCGUCUACACUCGCAACCGUCUGCUGCGACAGGCAACGCCUUUUCAAUCCAUCGC